ACAAGCUCUAGUCCCUGGUAACUCUUUACAGUUUUUUGGCGAAUUCAACAAGAAUUUUCUUGUGAUGUCGAAUCAUCAUCGCUUAGCCUCCAGUAUUAAAUACCAUGGAUCGUUGGAUCAGUAGUUGUAUACAUAAUAUAAGAUAAUAUAUAAGGAGUAGUUUCAAGGUACAGAAAGGUAGCAGCAGCAUUAUUCUUGAAAAUGGAGAGGAGACUAAUAAUGUCUGACUUUGGCUUCUUGCUGGCCUAUGUGACUCUGUUACUCUCAGUCAGUCUCGAGGCAUCUGGUGGUCCCUCGGAGAUCAAGACCGGCACCGCUUUUUUCAUCUUCGGCGACUCCUCCGUGGACUCUGGCAACAACAACUACAUCGACACCAUCCCUGAGAACCGGGGAAAUUACAAGCCUUACGCCCAGAAUGGCUUCUUUAAAGAACCCACUGGACGCUUCUCUGAUGGCCGCAUCAUAGUUGAUUAUAUAGCCGAAUAUGCCAACUUGCCACUAAUUCCUCCAUUUUUACAACCGUCUGCUGAAUACGUGAAUGGAGUCAACUUUGCCUCUGGAGGGGCUGGAGUUCUUUCUACCACCAAUCAGGGCCAGGCCAUUGAUCUUAAGACACAACUCAAACACUUUGAAGAGGUGCAAAAUUCAUUAACAAAGAAGUUGGGAGAUGCAGAAACAAAGGAGCUUCUAUCAGAAGCAGUUUAUUUCAUUAGCAUUGGAAGUAAUGAUUAUAUGGGUGGUUAUCUUGGUAAUCCGAGAAUGCAGGAACAGCAUCCUCCUGAAGAAUAUGUUGGGAUGAUCAUUGGGAACUUGACACAAGCAAUCCAAGAAUUGUAUGAGAAAGGCGGUAGAAAGUUUGGUUUCCUAAGCUUGUCACCACUGGGUUGCUUACCAGCACUUAGAGCCCUCAACACCAAAUCUAACGUAGGCAGUUGUUUUGAAGAGGCUUCUACUCUCGCGUUGGCACAUAAUAAUGCUUUGAAAGCUGUCCUAACAAGAAUUGAACAUCUAUUCAUGGGUUUCAAAUACAGCAAUUCCUAUUUUUACAAUUGGCUUGAUGACAGAAUCAAUAAUCCCACAAAAUUUGGUUUCAAGGAUGGAGUGAAUGCUUGUUGUGGAACUGGACCCUAUGGGGGCAUCUUCAGCUGUGGAGGCACAAAGAAGGUGAGAGAGUACCAAUUAUGUGAUAAUGCUGAUGACUAUGUAUGGUGGGAUUCUUUCCAUCCAACUGAGAGGAUCCACGAACAAUUUGCAAAGGCUCUGUGGGAUGGACCUCCAUCCUAUGUAGCCCCAUACAACCUAAAAGAUCUCUUCCUCACGAUCAACAAGGAGAAGCUCACUAUUGGUGAUAUUGUUGACAACCCAGAGAACGAGCAGACUUUUUACGAAUCUCUGUAACACUUGUUUUAUUUCACAUGGGAAGGGUAGUUUCACCAACAACUUCAUCGUAUUGUCUACCACCAAUGAAUGUGGAUUAUGGAUUAUAAGCAUGUUAAUUAUUCCAAAUGCAAUGCCAAUGCAGUUGGUAGAGAUAAAAGUUCAAUAGCGCUCUGCUUAAUUUGCAC